CAGCAGCGGGAGCUGAGAAUCAGAUUCACCACGAGGAGUGUUGUCACCGUGAGAGACUGUUGGAAGGAUCGCCACGUUAUUCACUCUGUCGGUCUGUCUCUCUGCCAGUCUGUGUGUGUCUCUGCCAGUCUGUGUGUGUGUCUCUGCCAGUCUCUGUGUGUUGAUCCGUAAAGAACAUUGUGGAGUGUGGACCAUGAAGCCGAAUUGAAUUUUACAUCCAAAUCAGCAGAAACAGACAGAAGAGGAACUUGGGACGGGAGGAGCGUGAUAGCUGGUGAUCUCUGAUGAAAACGAGCAGCAAUAACAGGACCCAACCAGCCACUCUCACUGAGGAAACGAUUAACCUGUUGUGGUUUAUUGACCCGAACGGACAUCUGAAGAAUAUUCAAAUGGACCUCCCUUAAUAAAGGGAGGUGUUCAGGACAGAUAGAAGUACCGAAACAUCUUUCCUUCAGCACCAAAACAGAAUCUGUUAGUAGGGAAACUGGUCAGUACCGAAACAUCUUACAGAGGAACCUUCAGCACCAAAACAGAAUCUGUUACUGGAGUAACUGGUCAGUACUGAAACAUCUUACAGAGGAACCUUCAGCACCAAAACAUAAUUUCUCACCGAACCAAUAUAUCUCUUACGGAAGACAGUUCAGUUCCAGCGAGCUGAGGGGAGUCAGGAUGUUCGGUCCCCAGACGACAUUAAACCCAGAUUGGAUUUGGCUUCGCGUCUCUUUGUGGAGUGGAGGAGAGGAGUGGAGAGAAGAGGUUUCUAUUUGUACUGAUGGUGUGUGAUCGAAAGAGAGAGGACGACAUCGUGAGAUGGCUGAUAAUGCAUCAACGCCAGCAUUUAUAGAAAUACAGAAAUAUGUCAAAUAAUAACAAUCACCGUAAUCAAUCAUCAAUGAACAGACAGUGGACUUGAGAUAAACGUGUGGAUUCAGGAGAAUGAAAGUCACUAGUUUGGAUGUCAUAUUCAGGGGAGCACAUGUUGUACAAUGGGAGGACAAGUCUCAGACCCUGGCAAGAACAUAGACACUCUUCCUGUAUUGAUUGAGAUUGAGUGAUUUGCGCAACAUGCAAGCGCAACAGGUUAGGUUUGGGCAUGCUAGCGAUUGGUUAGGGUAAGGUUAGCUUUAGGCAUGCUAGCAAAGUGUUCAAGGUUCAGGAUAAACAAAAACACGCCAAAACAACACACCUGGAUCCAAACCGCAUUACAAAGUCCUGGAUUCAAAGUCCUGCCCACUACGACCUCUGCCACCCUGUUUCCACUAACAGGCUGGAACAAUCAGAAUGGACUGGGAUCUUUGAAUGCCCAGACACUGAUUGAGACGGUCCAUGCACUGGAUAUUCCAACUCAACUGUAAGCUAACAUAACCAGCAAACACUACUGUGGAGGUGGAUCUAACAAGCAGACUUCAAGUGGACACUAUGAUGUUGUGUGUAACUGGUUGGAGGAGUGUGAGGUGGACGGCUCGGCCUGGUCAGAGGAGCGUGUGUACGUGUGUGACGCAGGUGGUUCUGAUGUGUCUGACCGUCCUGUCUUCCUGUCUGUCCGUCUGGGCUGAAGACCAGAUCAUCUUUGACCACCAUGCUGUCUACUGGAACAGCACGAACCCCAGGUUCCACCAUGACUACAGGGUUGCGGUCAAUAUAAAUGACUACCUCGACAUCUACUGUCCAUUCUACACCAACGGCCCUCCGGCUCAUGGUCGAAUGGAACGCUAUAUCCUGUUCAUGGUCAACCACGAGGGGUACACUUCCUGUCAACACAGGAUGAGGGGGUUCAAACGUUGGGAGUGCAACCGUCCUACCGGUCCUGACGGUCCCCUGCGCUUCUCAGAAAAGUUCCAGCUGUUUACGCCUUUCUCCCUAGGCUUCGAGUUCAGGCCAGGACAUGAAUACUACUAUAUCUCGUCUCCUCAUCCCAACCAUGUAGGGAGGCCGUGUCUGAGGCUGAAGGUGUAUGUCAGACCCCCAGGCAGUUCAGGGUUUGACUCUCCAGAGCCCUUUCUGACUGAUGGAGCUGCAGACUGGAUCCCAGAGUCCCUGCUAGCCCCAGCCCUAAUACCCUGCCUGGCCUCACUGCUACUGGGCUUCCUCUCAUCGCUGUGACCCCCCUCCACUGGAGCAAGACCUAGACCAGAGUCUUUGCUGGAAGACUGCCUGUAGGACUGCCUGGCUGGCUGUCCCUCAAACUCCCACACGCUCAGGGAGAAACUCUCUUUCAGUCCUAGAAUAAAAACCACUGUGGGUCCCCAGGACAAGCAUUUACAGUCCCUGGGCUAAUAAAUGGAUGAAGAGCCCCUAGUCUAAACUUAACCCUAACCCCCCUUGGGUGUCUGAAGGGACAUGGAUGGGGGGGUGGUGGUACUUGGCUGGACACACGCAUGCCUGACCACUGUGAAUCUGGACUGAACUGACUAAACUAAUGGUGUUUCUGUUAUGUUUACAUGAUCACAUAUAAUUUAAUUGAAGUUGGUCCUACAGAUGAUGUCUUGGUUAUAUUUGAAAUGGACAGUUAAUUAGACUUCCAAAGUGCAGAUUCUGAUCUGACACUCAGAAGCCUUCUGAUGGACAGAGAAACGACUCAACUAUAUUUACUGCUGCAACCCCCAGCCCACAGAGCAAAGAGGAGAAGGAAGGGGAGAGGGAAAUAAACAAAGGAGAGAGAAAGAAAGAGAGUCUCUGGGGACCGAGACUUCUUUAAUGUCAGGAAGGGAACAUAAUGAGGAGGCACUGUGUUCACACACAAACAAACAAGAACACUGACACGUUUCUACCCUGUUUCAUCUUAUUUUUGUUCCGUUUAAAAGCACCAUCAAUUAUUAAUAUGUGUGAGAGAGAGAGGGGGAGAGAGAAAGAGAGAGAAAGGAAAUUUUGGUCCCUACUUUAUUCUCUAACCCUAAAAGUGUUGAUGAUGACUCAGUAUUCUGUUCCUCUGAUGUUGCGUGUCUUAGUGUGUGUAAUCCGCCGGUAGUUGGUUCUAUCAUGUACAGCAUUUACGCUAAGGCGAUCCCUGCCAUGGUUUAAUGUAUAAAAGGUUUCCUUCACGUCUCCAUCUCAUCAGUUUGUCUCCUGUUCUGAUCUGUUGUUUUUGUCAAGAUGAUGAGAGACAGGAGAGAAACACACCAAUAAAUAUUGUUUUGUCUACAAAG